ACUCACUUUCCCCGGCUGACGUCAGCUGCCUGGCUGCUUGGACUCGCCGCUCCCCCGCACACGGCGCCGCGUCAAAAUGCUGCUCUCUGUGCCGCCAAGGACCGGAGGAGUGAACACGUACAACGGCUACCAGGGCAAAAGCAUCAAGAAGCAGACGUAUGUGUCCUCCAAUCAUCAGAUGGCUCCUCCAAGCCCCAGCAGCGGCAACACCAGCACUAUCAGCAACGGCAGCAGCAGCAGCAAUAGUGGCGGGGAGCAGCUGAGCAAAACCAACCUGUAUAUCCGUGGCCUCCACCCAGGAACCACAGACCAGGAUCUGGUCAAACUCUGUCAGCCAUAUGGGAAAAUUGUUUCAACAAAGGCUAUACUGGACAAGACAACCAACAAGUGCAAAGGCUAUGGCUUUGUUGACUUUGACAAUCCAUCCUCGGCUCAGAAGGCAGUGACGGCAUUGAAGGCGGGGGGCGUGCAGGCUCAGAUGGCCAAGCAACAGGAGCAGGACCCCACCAAUUUGUACAUUUCCAAUCUACCGCUGUCCAUGGACGAGCAGGAACUGGAGAACAUGCUGAAGCCCUUCAGCCAGGCCAUUUCCACGCGCAUCUUGCGGGACGCUAAUGGAACCAGUCGAGGAGUGGGCUUUGCCAGGAUGGAGUCGACAGAGAAAUGUGAGGCUAUCAUCCAACAUUUUAAUGGAAAAUAUAUUAAGACUCCACCUGGAGUGUCAGUGCCACCAGAGCCCCUAUUAUGUAAAUUUGCUGACGGAGGCCAGAAGAAGCGCCAGAGUCAAGGAAAAUACCUGCAUAAUGGCCGAAGCUGGACCAGAGAUGGAGAGACUGGAGGAAUGACCCUCACAUACGACCCCACCACAGCCUUACAGAACGGGUUCUACUCUUCCCCUUACAGCAUCGCUCCCAACCGCAUGCUCGGGCCGACCUCGCUCUCCCCUUACAUGCACUCACCUGUGUCCACCUACCAGGUACACAACCCAUCCUGGCUACACCACCAGUCAUACAUCAUGCCGCCCACAGGAGCAGUCCUGACACCAGGGAUGGACCACACCAUGUCCAUCCAGCCCACGUCGAUGAUGGGGCCCCUGGCACAGCAGCUCAGCCACCUGUCCAUAGGCAGCAGUGGCACGUAUAUGCCUGCAAACACAUCUAUGCAGGGGACGUACAUCCCCCAGUAUACCCAAGUGCCUCCUACUAACAUCUCAGUUGAGGAAAGUGCCGUCCAGCAACCUGUUGCAAUAGAGACACCCACUGAACACUCAAGCUACUCCUACCAGCAUAACAAGUGAAGACAACAAUCUCUCUCUUGGGGGUCUCUGGACUGUUACACAGAACUGAUACAUUUUAUUUUCUACAAACUCUUUUACUCCAGCAAAGAUGGAAGGUUUGAGGUGUGGAUGGACAGAAGGAGGAAGACAACACAUUCAAACAUUCACAACUCAUUUUGGGAACGUUUUUUGCCUGUUUCUUUUUGUUGAACAUAUUUUUUUUUGUUUUUGGUGUGUUUCUUGGUCCGUGUGCCCUAAGUGUUUGUAAAACAGAAAGGUAAAAAAAACAAACAUUUCAAGCGAUAUUCACUCACAGUCCUCAGUCCCCAGUCCAAUGGGGGCAGGAUGGUUGGAUCUGAAAAACAGCCAAAAGAGGGCUUGUCCCAUUUUGGCUCUUGACUUUCAAGUCAUUUCCAGAUGCAGCAAUCUUGACAAAGCUUCAGACAAUCAGACAACGUGAAACAUGAAGAGAUCAAGUAGACAUGGUGCUUGAUUGUAGAGAGAAUUGAUUAAACGCAUUCCAGCAGUCGAGUUGUAACCAUGGCUUCACACACACGCAGCUGCCUGUACAUACAAGAGUUGACUUUCUGUUAUUUCCACUGUAAUGCCUCACUUCUUUUAAUAUUCUCUCUGCACAUCACAAAUGGUGCAUUUUCCACAUUCUGGUCCUUUUAUGUCGCCAGAAUCACUUUUUUUCAAGCAAAAAUGAAGUGUUGCUCUGCAGUAAAUAUGGACAUUAAGUGUAAAAAGCAUUGCUCUGAUCUGUUCUACCGAAAACAGUUAAUGCCAGUGUGAAUACUUUGACACUGGCUGUUUGCUUCUGCUUUUUGUUUUUGUGUUCUUUUUUUAAUUAUUUAAAUGUUUUCUAUUUGAUUCAUUUAUGAGGUUUUUCAGAUUGAUCCUAUUUUUUAAAGAAACCUUGAUUUUAUUUUUGAUAGUGUGUUGUGAUAGUGACAAAUAGAUCUGUUUUUUGUAUGUUUGCAUCCUUUUUUUCUUUUCUACUUCCUGUGUUCAUCCAUUGUCAAAGAGGCGUUAAUGUGUUUUUCUGUUCUGUCUGCUAGAAAGUUCAAGAACAUAACUCCGGAUCUGGAAUCAGCUGUUUGUAUUAAGGUUUAGAUGCUCAAAACAAACUUACCUCAUCCUCACAGAUUCAGUUUAAUAUAAAAGCCUUACAGGCAAUAACCAGUUUUGGUUGGCUGUUCACAGCUGGUUCUGUGUCCAUAUCCUUUACAUCUUCCGUCCAAAGUUUGCUAAUCAUGUCUAAGGUCUGGCGAUCUAUGCAAUUAAUUUAUUAAUCCUGACAAAUGCAAUACCGCAGAUACCUACACCUCAAAAAAAUGACCUCACCGUGGGCCUAGAGUGACAGCAUUCAACUUGUGCUGCGUGAAAAGGGACCUUGUCGUGUUAUGUGGUUGUUGUUUUGAUUGUAGAAAAGCUAGGAUCUAAUCUAAGCAUGGACACAUGCUCUAUGUAUCGUACGCAGCCCACUUGGCUUCUAAUUUUCUAUUUUGUGUCACACACGAUGCAUCAGCUCCAUCCGCCACUGGCAGUCUUGUGUUGGUAACGUUGCUCAUGGCUUUGGCCUUUCUUUGUGCUUUGAUGUUUUCAGGGCGAAAUUCACAAUGCCUUAGAUUUCGCUGGAAGGAUAGAAGAUAGACAGAAAGCAGCACUGAUUGGCUGUAGAGAUAGAAGCAACUACACGGAGCAGUCACAUUUGCAACUUUGAACCGCUAUGUGUACACAGUCAUUCCAUUCUUUCGCUGAUGCUCCGACGUGGCCGAUUGGGACUAAAACUAUUGCUGCAUAUUUUGGAUGGCUCAGCUUCCUCUUUUGUCAAAUCAUGGCGUCCAUCGCCUCAGCUCAUGUUCAUGUGUUUGUGCCAUGAUGCAGCUCAUCACAUCACCCAUACAGCUAUUAACCUUGAUGGACUUUUGUCUUUUUUUUUUUUAAAUAAAUGUUUGCCUCCACCAAGGAGGUUUGUUU